GUAUAAGAGAGCUCAAUUUCAAGGUCGUCAAUGGCGUCUUCUAGUUUUUGUUCGAGCUUACCCACAACAGCUGCUCGCAUUUCCUCCAAAACCCAGUUCGUAUCUGGCUUGAAAUCCAAGAAAUUAAUUUUGGGUUCCCGAUCUUUGGUCAAACCCCAGAGGCUUUUCUCCUCUGUUCGUCGUGUAAUGGGUUCAUCUGCUUCUUCCCCAGACAGAGCUCAAGGGACAGGUGUUGGUGAUUACAAAUCUAUAAGUGAUCAAGAAUGGAAGGAGAAACUCACAGAGGAACAGUUUUACGUUACUCGUAAAAAGGGAACCGAGAGGGCUUUCACUGGGGAAUACUGGAAUACGAAAACUAAAGGAACAUACCAUUGCAUAUGUUGUGACACGCCUCUUUUUGAAUCAUCUACCAAAUUCGAUAGCGGAACUGGUUGGCCAUCCUAUUACCAGCCCAUAGGUGACAAUGUGAAGUCCAAGUUGGACUUGUCUAUAUUUAUCAUGCCUCGAACUGAAGUUCUUUGUGCCGCUUGUGAUGCUCAUCUUGGCCAUGUCUUCGAUGAUGGUCCACCACCAACAGGAAAGCGUUACUGUAUCAACAGUGCCUCCCUGAAACUAAAGCCAGAGUAGGAAGCAACACACCCUUCUUGCCGGCCACCAGACCAAAUACGUUGCCACCAGAAGGACACCGAGGUGGAGAGAGUCGCUUCGUUUCGUGAGAUCGAGAGUUAGUUGUUAUGUUCAUGUUACAUAAUGAUAAGGAAAUGUUGUAAUACAUGUUUAUGAAGACCUAAAGUGCAUAUGGGCAAUUCCUUGGGCGAAAUAUACAUAUUCAUAUUAAUAUCUCAUGUAUAGAUUAGUCGUUAUAUUGUA